CGGAAAUCGGCGUCCAGGGCUGAGCCAGAGGGUUGGGUUCUUGGCGCGUAACAGUUGACGAUCACCAAAGCGCACGGAGACAGCCACGCCACGCGCUCUCUGCCGCUCUGUCGUCGACGUCGCUGAGAUAGCGAGACGACACCUCAUGGCGAGUUCGGUGUGAGGCAAGAGUCUCCAUCUCGCGUUCCUCUUAAGCCCUUGACCAGGAUAAGAGCAUCAAGAGGAAAGAAGAAUAAAGGAGAAAGUAGAAGAGAGAGAGAGAACGAGAGAGAGAGAGAGAUAAAGAGAGAGAGAGGGACGCCUCAGAGAAGAGGGUUGUCUGAUACUCUUUCUCUCUCAACUGUUUCAGAUUUGUUAUUAUGUGCGUUUUCUGUGAGUGAUAUUGUGCUCUGUGAAGUCUUUAUAUACAUACGUGUGCGUACCGAGUGACUCUGGAUUGUGCGUCAUUCGUUGCUUCCUUUACUGUGAAAAAAUAUAUGUUUUAGAGGAAAAAUAAAGUUGUCAGUGCAAUAAAAGAAGGAAGAAAAAAAUAGAAGACGAAUCGAUAUACAUUCGUGAGUGAGACCUUUCUGACAUUACUCGAUCAACUUCGGUGAAAUUUUGGUUCCUCCCCGAGUCCCACUUGACCGACCAGGAUGGUGCUGCUGUGGACCCAGCACGAGGGCGAGCGCCUUGAGCCCCAGCCCACGGACGAGCAGCUCCUCCAGAGCCCCCGCAAGGAUGACAAGGACAACCUCAAGCCCUCGACCUCCAAGGCCCCCGAGGACGCGGCCGCCGUCGCCACCACCUCCUCCUCGUCGCCCGUCCCGACGAUUAGGGUCGAGGACCUGAGCGUGGAGGUCGAGGUCCAGCCGCCGUCCGAGAAGCAUGUGGUCACCCUCCGGCAGGUGUCCGAUGUGAUCAAGAGGAGCGCCUUCAUCCCCUCUCCCUCUCCGUCCGCCCCGGCCUCCUCUCGCUACGCCUACUCCUCCACGUCCUCGACAGCCUCCUCCUCGUCCGCCUUCCCCUCCCCGUCCUCCUCCCCCUCGUCUCCCCCGUCCCACCCUCGGUCUCCGGCCCAGCCCCCUCCCUCGAGCUCGCCCUCGGCCCUCGAAGGCGCCAUCGUCGAGGAGAUCUCGGUGGACACCCUGGAGGUGGCCUCGUCCUCCGCCGAGUGCGUGACCCGCCUCCCCCCCGAGAAGACGGCCACGCUCGGCCCCGCCAUCAGCCUCGAGAAGAAGGAAGGAGACGAGGACGAAGGAGAAGCGGCAGGAAGGAAGAAGAAGCAGCACAAGAGGAAGUUCUACACGCUCCCCAGGAACUGGAGGAGCAAGGCGGCCGACUUCAUCCUCACCAAAGGUUGCUUCAAGCGCAAGGCGUCCGUGGGCAGCGCGUCCUACAGGGCCGCCCUUCCUCCGGCGUCCUCCGCUUCCCCCUCUACUCCUUCCGCCCCCCCUGCUACCGCCUCUGCCUCUUCUGCUUCCCCCCCUUCCGCCGCUGCCUCGCGCCCCCCCCUGCCCCCCUCCACCUCCGCCGAGGGAAAGCGAUUCGUGGUGACGCCGCCCGUGCCCGGCGCCCCCGUCCCGUCCGGCACCAUCCUGCGCCCGGGGCCGCCCGUGGUGCAGGGCCUCUCCCAGGGCCGGGAGUCCGCCAUCAGCCGCGACUCUGCCUUCAGCCGUGACUCGACCAUCGGCCGCGAGUCGACCUUGGGCCGGGACUCGACCCUCGGCCGGGACUCGACCCUGAGUCGCGACUCGACGCUGGGCCCUUACUCGAGCUCGGGGCGCGAGUCGACGCUGGGUCGGGGCUCGACCUUGGGCCGCGGUUCGACCCCGGGGCGCGAGUCGGUGCCAGGUCGCGGGUCGAGCCAGAGCCGCACGGGGCCAGGCAGGGCCAGCCCGGCCGCCGUGACCACCAUGGCCGUCACGCACCACACGGUCACCACGUCCUCGGCGCCCGUGCCCACCGCGCCCCGACGCUCAUGGAAGACACUUUGCGAGUCCUGCGGGAAGAAGUGCUCGGGCGAGGUACUUCGAGUCCAGGAGAAGUACUUCCACAUCAGCUGUUUCAAGUGUAAUAGCUGCAAGAAAUCACUAGCACAGGGAGGUUUCUUCACAAGGGAGAAAGACUACUACUGUACAGAAUGUUACCAGAAGAACUUUGGACAGAGGUGCGCCACAUGCGGGCUAUUCGUGGAAGGGGAGGUGGUGUCUGCCCUCGGUAAUACCUACCACCAGAAAUGCUUCACUUGUGCUCGCUGCAGACAACCCUUCCCAACAGGGGAACGUGUGACGUACACAGGCAAAGAAUGUCUGUGCCAGCGUUGCCUCCACAUCCCUGUUGUGGACUCCCAGUCACCGACACGCUCACCCACCACCGCCGGCCCCAGUGAGUACUCAAGUUAAUUUUAUUGGUGUUAU